AUGGCCACCAGCCGCGGUUCCGAUAGUCACAAGAGACCUCUACCCAUGGAUACCGACGGGGCGCGGGUCCUGACAGCAUCGCAUCCGAACCCAGCCAAAUACCCCCGCAAACGUGUUUCGGUAGCAUGCGAAGUCUGUCGGUUACGAAAGACGCGAUGUGAUGCGGCCAGACCAAAGUGCCGUUUCUGCUCAAACGCGGGCAUCGAGUGUGUGUAUCGUCAGACAGACAGUGGGCCAUCACCUAAUUCUAAACCACCCGAUGCCCCAUCGCUCGACUCUCAGGUCUCAAGUCAAGAUCUUGCAACUUUGCUAGCCCGCGUGCAGGUUCUGCUCCAAGCACGAGCCGCAAGUACCCCGAGUGAUGCUCCACUAGUACCGACAUCUCUUCCUUGGAGCAUCAACCAAGAUGCAACUGAGCAACAGCAGGAACCACCUGCCACCACUUCAUCGGCCGGUUACGAUGGCCUCGAGCAGGUGAACUCGCAACCGUCUGCUCAGCCCAGUCCGUCAGCAGUCUUUACAGAAAGUCCGGCUGCUGAACAUUCAGACCUGCCAUGCCUGGUCGGGUUGAGUCUAUACGGCUUCGCCAAAACCGCAACCAAGCCGUGCCCGAAGCAACUUGAGCCGCUUCUGUUUGAUGACGGCGAGGAUUACCUCGAGCACGAACAUGAGUACAACCAGCGCAUCCUGGACCCGGCCGUAUAUGUUGACAUCAAAGAUGUUGAUUUGAGUGUCAAGGCCUGUUGGAGGAACCAGCAAUCCUUUGCAAAGAGCGUCUUGCCAUGGGUCCCAGUUUUUGAUCAGCAGUUGUGUGCCAAGCUGGUCCAAGAGGUAUCAGCCAAUGGCUUUGACUCGUGCGACCCGGCAUCGAGCCUGGGUCUAUUUGUCCUGGCCUUGGGUGCUCUCAGCAGAGCAGGGGACGAGUCGUCCCAGACCUCAGUGAGUGAGACUCCCGGUUUAGGCUACUUCCGAAUAGCUUCGCGCAAGCUGGACGUUGCUGCCAAUGGUCAAGACACGGUUACGAUUGCUCAGUGUUUUGUUUUGAAAGCGUCUUACCUACUGCUCUGUCUUCGUACCCUGGCAGCGUUCGAUGCGGUCCACGUAGCAUCUACCAUUAUUGCAAGGCAGAUGGCCCGCAAGAAGUGGCUUGAGCAAGAGACUGGACGCUUUGAAGCUUGCCAUCGGGUCUACUUGACAUGCUACAUUUUGGAGCAUGAGCUGCGGGCCGUCAUACACUACGGCACGGAGCUACAUCAAUAUGAACGCCUUGCCAUGCCACUCUUCCACACCCACGAGCCCGGGUUCUUCUGGCUUCUGAGCGAGAUUGCACUACGACAGAUAUAUAUGAAUGCGCUCUGCGGAGUCGGGAGCACCGCCAGAGUUGCGUAUGCUCCCCGGGUGGCUCAGGAGUUGAUCAGCCAGUUGGACCAGUGGUACGAACAUUUGCACCCUACGGUCAAGUUUCCCCUGGGGCCGGAGCCCGUGCUCGACACACAAAAGGCAUUUCUUCGCGCUCAGUACUAUGCGGCGAGGUUUCAGGUCAAUUGGUCAUACGUGGUGCAAUUUCUGACCACGAUUGAUCUCGGCGUAGACAUUGAUGAAAAGUCCAUCAUGCUUGAUGGAGCCCAGCGUGCCAUUGAGUAUGCUUCGUUGGUCAUCAGCUCGGCCCAAAGUCUCUGCCAAGACAGACAUUUGAUGCUUUUCACGAACUUGAUAUGCACAUUUGCAGUGGCCAUGAUGCUCUUGUGCAUUAUUGAUGUCCCAGAAUUCGCGAGUUUGCAUGAUUUGACCACGACAGUCGCUGCUAUUCAUCAAGCAAGAUCAAUUUUAUCCUACUGGGCCGAGAUAAACCCAAGCAUCUCAGUGAAUUUAGGCAGGUUAGAUGCCUUGAUGCGUGCGAAGGGUAUGGACAUGGCGCCAUUAGAGGUAGCUUGCAACAAUCUUUCAUAA